GACGACGACCAGUAGGCGUGUCGGGAGGGUCGCGAUCGCAGGCGUUCGCGACUCGCGUGUGCGAGGGUGCGAAAAACACGGGUCACACACGGCGAAGAGGAUUUGAGAGGAAAAAAACACCAUCCAGCGCUUACGACUGCUCCCGACUUCAACGGGAUGGUUUUCCGGGUCAGUUUUCUUCGCUUUUCCUGUACCUGGCAUAGACACUGACGAUAUGGACACAGUAUGGCUUCAGCACUCUGGCACGCCUCUGGGAAUAGCUUUGUCACGCCGGUGUUCGCGUUGCUCUUGCUGUUCUAUCCGCAGAGCUCCACAGGCCGCGAGGUAAUUGACGCGCUUCUACCACAACAAGACUACGAUCCAUCACUGCCACCACCACCGGGAGAUCUCACCACUGCCAGAGCACCAAAGUGCGACCAAAGGUUCAUAAGCACUCCCGACGGUCCAACAAAUGGAACCUUUCACGCACCGUCGUUCGUCAAUCCCGAAAAGGAACCGCGGCAAUGCGUCUACACGUUUCUCGCAGGACCGCACCAGCGUGUCGAAUUGACUUUUACCGUAUUCGGUCUUCGGGGGAAACCGCCUGAUGGAUCCGCUGUUGGAGAAAUACCUGCCUGUAUUCACGAAUACAUGGACAUAUAUUCGGAGAUUCGAUCGGAGAACACGACCAAGCUUGUAGAAACUCCGUUCGGUGGGCGUUUCUGCGGUCCGAUUCCACCUCGCAAGCGAGUCUCUCUGUAUCAGGGAAUUGCUCUCAGUUUCUACACCAACAAGAAUGUCACAUACCCGGGGGUUUUCGGUGGUUUUUAUAGAUUUUUCAACGCCUCCGAGUACGAGGUUGGCACGCCGGUACCGAACACACCGUGUUCCUUCACGAUCGAGGGAAAACACAAUCGCAGCGGCAACAUACUAUCUCCCACUUAUCCCGGCACCUAUCCGAAAGAACUCGUAUGCAGUUAUCAGUUCAUAGGAAAGCCCGGGCAACGCGUGCGCUUGGAAUUUCGCGAUUUCGAUCUGUACUUUGGAGGACCGCACUGUCCGUUGGAUUACGUGAAGGUGUACGACGGUUUUGACAACACGUCCGCCGUGAUAGGCACGUAUUGUGGUCAGCAACGAAAUUUAGUUCUGUACUCGUCGGAAAACAGUCUGUUCGUGUUGUUCGUCACGCUGAGACGCACGGCGAACACGCAGAAUCGAGGAUUUAAGGGUAUCUUCGAGUUCGCGGAAAGUUUCGUCAGUCUGGAUUUUAUAAAGAAUUACGGGGGCGAGCACAUACGCGGGUCCGAGUGCGAUCAGAAGAUUCUCAGCAAGAAGGAAACCUCGGGAUACGUAGUUAGUCCAAAUUUUCCAUAUCCCUACAUGCCGAAGGUUGUUUGCCGUUAUUUUAUCUACGGGAUGCAGGACGCGCAACAUUUGGAACGCGUGCGACUGGAGUUCGAGAUAUUCUCGAUAAAAAUACCGAACAACGAGACGUCUUGCACAGACGGUUAUCUGAAACUGUAUUUGAAAGGUCAAGAAGCUACGGAUUCCUAUGACAAAUUCGAUUUCGAGAUGUGCGGUAACAAGAUGACGCCGAGUCACGUGGUCAGCGACGGGCCGAGGCUUGUGAUGGUGUUCAGUAGCGGAGAACUGCCAGCUGAUGGUUUCAAAGCCAAAUACACGUUCGAAACGGAAUAUAAAAUACCUGGCACCGCGGCGCCCGACGGCAGCUGCACCUUCUUUUACAACAGCACUCCUCGCAAACGCGGCGAAUUCAAUUCGCCGCGUUAUCCCAGCAAUUAUCCGAGCGACAUGAAUUGCACGUACAUAUUCGACACGAGCAAGAACGAGCAAGUUAUUUUGAUCUUCGAUCACUUCAAGAUACGCACAACAAAUCUCAAUGUCUCGGACGGGCAUUACGGAUUUGAGAACUGCCAGGAGGACUGGUUGGAGAUUUACAAUUUUUACGAGGACAAGACGGAGAAAUUGGUCGGAAGGUACUGCGGCGGUACCGCACCGGGACCGAUCGAAUCGAAUCUCGGUGCCGACGGAUUGAAAGUGAUUCUGCACUCGGACUCCAAGCUCGUUUACAGCGGUUUCAAGGCUCGUUACACCUUCGAGGUCGCCAAGCCUAUUUUUGGAGAUUGUGGAUCAAAUAUUAGUAGCUUAAAUUAUGGAAUAAUAACCAGUCCGAAUUACCCGGAUAAAUACAGCGGUCCAGCAAAGAAUUUAGCUAGCAAAACCUGCAAUUGGUUCAUACAAGUACGGCCGAAUCAGAAAAUACUCUUGAACUUCGAAUCCUUCUCCGUGGAGGGUGAUCAAGCAGUGCGAGGUUGUCCCGCGGCCGUGUUGCGCAUGUGGUAUUCCACGUCGCCUCCGCUCGAGCUUUGCGGUGAGAAAAAACCGGACACCAACUGGAGUUUGUUAUCGGAGGACAACAAUAUGCGGAUCAGUUUUAUAUUGGCCGACAAGGCGGUGGGACAGCGCGGGUUUCGGGCUGUGUGGACGGAGGUGAGCACGAAUACGGAUUGUCAAAAUCAGUUUCGAUGCAGCAAAACUAAAUACUGCAUCGCCGAAUCGCUGCGGUGCAAUGGCAUUGAUAAUUGCGGGCCGGACGAUUCGUCGGACGAGGAGAACUGUGCAGCAUCAGCCCCAUUGUCACCAGCACUGGCUGGGAUCUCUUCUGCCAUGCUUCUUCUCUCUCUGUGCUUUGUGUUCGUGGCCGUCUGAGCCCCCUUCAUGAAGCUUCCAGACGAAUCCGGCAUGUUAUGAAUCUCCCCCUUAUCACGUGAGUUCACUCACAAUAUUGCACAAUCAUAUCAUAUUUACAGAGAAACAAAAACAAAAAAAAAAAAAGAAAACAAAAAGCUAAGCGGAAUGAGUAUUUUAUCACAGUGUAUCACUUUCGCCAUUCGAUUCCGAGCUGACGAACUAAAAAGCAACCAAAUUAGAGUCUCGAGAUUCAUUUGCAUCUUUUCCGUUCUCACAACUGAGAAACGUAGAGAAUCGAGCUAGCAGACACACCGGCAAAAUAGAGCGUUAAAAUUUUUAUUUCCCAUUAGAGAUUUGGACAAUUAGAACGCCAGUGAUAAUUAAGAAAUAAAUUGCUUUACAAGUACCAUAUAGAUAGACCUUUAUUAUAGAACAACGAGAAUCACCGUUAGUCUUUCAUUGAGAUACCCAAUACUCCUUCUCCAAGAGAUUUUGAGGAUGACCAUGUUUCAAAAUUUGGAAACAGAUCAGGGUGUGUUCCAAUGAUCAGAAAUUGAUGUGGCCGUUUAUUAAAGAGAUAAUUUACAUAAAGACCUUGUGUUGUGUAUUUAUUUCUUUAAUAAACGUUUGGCAACUGGUACACUUUACCUCAGUUUGUUUCCGAGGAACUGGGUCAUAAAUAAUUUUCUCAGCCACAAAAGCAAGAAGGAACGAAUUAAGAGCGUAACUUCUUUCACUCACUGCCAAAACCGAACAAUAUAAGCAACCGGAAGAGUGAGGGGGACAAAGCAAAAAAAAAAAAAAAAAUUGUCAAAGAAAAAGGAUCGGAUAAAACGUGGUCUACUUUUGCAACAAUAGAAACAAUUUUGCCAGAAGACGUGCGACGUCUUCCCGAUGGAAGCUCGGAGAAGGAGUAUUGGCGUAAGACAUCGCAUUGAAUUCGACACGAAUCGAAGAGCAUGCCGAGAAGGAAUGCAAUAAACGUUUCUACUCAGCAUAUGUCUGCAUGUAAAUUCUCCUGUUUGUACUUUUCUACACAAACGUAUUCUCUCUCUCUCUCUAUCUAUCUAUCUCUCUUUCUUUCUCUUUCUCUCUCUCUCUCUCUCUCUAAAUUGUAUACAACUCACUUAGUUUUCCCACCUAGUUCUUUUUUCUAUUCUUUUUCAGUCUACAUCGGAAAUGUAAAACCGAGUGUGGUCACUUCUAAUGUGUGUAACUUCUCGCAAGACCUUCGUCGCGCGUUUUGCAACAAGCAAAUUUUGUUAAUCGUGCGCGCUAUGUGAAUAAGUUUGUCUUUUUCUUCGGUAAACCGUUUUGUAAAACAAGAUUUGCAAUACGUUUAAAAAAAAAAAAAACGCAACGUUGUGUGUGUGUAAAGAAUUGUU